AUGGCCGCCAAAACUAAGCUCAACCCAUUAAAUGGGAUGCACACAGCGGGAAUUUUCUCAGACAUGAGCAUAGAUGGCCCAAUCAUAGGCACAUUGGUACUCAUUGUCGAUCGAGCCAAGAACCUGCCCAACAGAAAGACGAUUGGAAAGCAGGACCCAUACUGCGCAGCGCGCCUCGGCAAGGAAGCCCAGAAGACGACGACCGACGUUCGAGGUGGUCAGACUCCAAAAUGGGACCAGGAGCUACGUUUUCCUGUACAUGACUCUCCAGAUUACUAUCAACUCAAGCUGUCAGUGUUCCAUGACGACAAGAAAACGGAACUUAUCGGAGAGACAUGGAUAGAUCUAAGAGACAUUAUUCUGCCAGGUGGAGGUCAGAGUGAUCAGUGGCAGAGCCUGAAUUGCAAGGGAAAAUACGCUGGAGAAAUCAGAAUCGAGACUACCUUUUAUGACAGCAGGCCAAAGCCAGAGAAGCCUGCUGCGAAGCCGAAGCCUGUGGCGUCCAGCCCUGAACUCGAUGCAGGCAGCGUUUCGUCACGGACACCUGUCAAGAGGCGACCUCUACCGUCAAAUCCUGGAUCUACAGAGCCAUCUCCCUCGGCAAAGUCCAUGCCGGAGCCUGCCCAAGCACCCGCAAGACCACAGCCUCAUGGGAACUUCAUCCCAACCCAAUCUCCUCUGCAAGCUGUGGAAUACAACACUGCACCCCCUGCGCGCUUCGCCCCAGCCGAGCAAUACGGCACUCUAGACCACGGUGGUCGUUUUGCGACACCGCCGUCACAGCGCGAUGAAGCGCAGUUCCGCCGAUCUGUAGAUACCAACGAAAAGUUCAUUGCUUUGGAGGAUGACCGCCGACACAGCCAUGAACAUCAUUCGCGAGCACAUGACCACGGCCCGCGGGCCUCUCACCAUCAUAUUCAGCCAGUUCAUGAAACGAGUCCGCCCGCAGUACUGGGGCCUCGAUCGCUAGGCGGCGCACCACCAGCAGACGAUGGACGUCCGCCUCCGCCUCCAGCCCAUCGAGUCAGAAACAAUAGUGCAACGUCACACGAAGCAAACGUGCCAUUGCAACACAAGUCAACUCCUUCGAUGCAAAUGAGACACGACGUGCUACGAAAUGAGGCUCAUCGGCACACUGCGCAGGUGGCACCUUCACCUCAGUCAGCACCGUCCAUUUCGAGUUACCCAGGCCGGCCAGUUUACCGUCCAUAUGAUUCAGCGCCAGAAAUGCCAAAACAACAACUAGUAUAUGAGGACCCUCACCAUCCGUCACCGCCGCGACACCACUCAUAUGAUGCCGUUCACGAGCCGCACCCACGUUCUCUGCAGCCGACAGUCGAGGAUGUGCCAGAAACAUGGACGCCGCCGGCAGCACGCCGACCCAGUUCUAUCCAGGAAACGCACUCUGAUAUGGCAUAUGGAGCGGUCCCCAGUCCUGCACCACUGAACCUGAGUGGUCGAGGCAGCGCCGCCUCGGCUAAUUUCCCACCGUCACCCUACGGGAUGAACAACUUUACCACAUCGCCCUCGCCAAUCGCUUCGAUGAAUCAUUAUGAUGAUCGUGCCGUGGCUCCGCACGCCAACUCAUUUGACGGCAGCGUGGACCCCUACACGGACCGAAGCAUGUCGGAAGGUGUCUUGGUGCCACGAUCCAGCAAUUUCGACUUGCCGUCUGUGCCACCGGCUUUAGUUCCUGGUGUAGACCCUGCCUUGACGCAAGAAAUUGCAACUCGCAUCCGAGAAGAUCAAAGCAGGAGUCACGAGCGUCGCUAUACGCAACCUGCCCCCAUUGUGACACCUACCAGGGGCAGGCAGCACAGCGAGCCACCCGCUAGUCAUGUGCCUCAGCCGUAUAAUCACCACCCCAGAGAUUCCGGAGGCUAUGGCACAUCAUACUCCCAUGGCCCAAGUCCCGUGGCCAACACCCAGACGCGUAGACAUUCGCCGAGUCCAAAUCCAAGCCACACGAUAAAGAGGAAGUCGGUGAGCCCAGCCCCUCCGCCCAGGGAGGAAGGACGGCGGCUAUCGGGCGUGCCUUUUGGCCCCGAUUCGUACGACGAAUUAAACCCAUCAGUUGUAUCAGCGCAGGAGGAAACCAGAAAUGGCGAAUACACAAAUGCGUAUGGCAAGAUUGUCACAGCUGAUGGAAGAGAGGUCGAUCCGUCGGAUCACCUCCCCAUGGAUACUUGGGCACCAGAGCCGGAACCCAAGCAGCCCAAAAAGCCUGAACCAGCACCCAGUUCGCGGCCAGCUCUGGCAGGAGCACAGCCCAUGCCGUCUUCAGGUCGUCGACAGAUUAGGAUCACGGCUCGACCCCAGUCUAUGGCCGUUGUACCAUCCUCCUACGCUCCAGUCGAGGCCGAGCUAUCGCCGCCUGUGGCUGCUGGUCGAAACAAACUGCAAAAGAAGAGAAACCACCAUGUAUCAGCCUUGCCAGCACCAGCACCCAACUCGAGCCCGCUGGGCCCGGCAACAUCACACCAGCGUAACAGCACACCGCCGACUGCGUUGGUCCGUUCUGGUACGUUCGACUAUGAGAACUAUGGUCCAGCAUAUGGUUCACCAAACGGGACAUAUGUUAGCGGCCCUCCUAUCCCAGCAAAAGUUCCACUGAUGAGUGGUGGACUUGGUCCAGCUGGAAACGCUUCUCCUGAUGACUGGGCUAUCAUGGAUGAGAUGAGUCGUAUCGACAUUGGCACUGGAAGGUCAAGGCGGCAUGGUGGCUACUAA